UUGUCGUUCAACUUUUCUGUAUAACGGUUCAGUAUUUUUCUAUAAUCGGUUAAUUUUUAAAGAAUUUAGCUUAAGAAAGGAAUACCAUUUUAUAUAAUUAUCAAAAUAUGAAGUGCUGCAGUCGUUCUACACUUGGUGUCAUUAUUGGCGGAAUAAAUGCUGUGGCCUAUUUUGCUACAUUAAUUUUUUUAAUUUAUACAAUGGUGGACACCAAUUCGCUGUUAAAAAAACAUGAGCAUACUAAAACAGAUGCUACCUAUUUUAAUGUAAUAUUUACUCUAUUAAUAUUAUUUUGUAUGUCAAUGUUUGCCAUAUCUGGUCUACUUUUAAUGGGUAUUAUAAAGAGACGUCAUAAAAUGAUGAUUCCUUGGUUGUUACUAAGUGCCAUUGGCUUCGUUAUUAAUACAUUCCGUUUAUCAUAUCAAUUAAUUGUUUCCAUUAUCAAUGGAGUUGGUGCUGGUAUAUUUGUAUCAAUAUUUUUUUCGGGUUUAUUGGGUCUUGGUCUUUCUGCUUUAAUAAUUUGGCUUAUUUAUACGUUGUAUAAGGAUAUAGAAAAGGAGAAUAUUUUAAAACCAACUCAAAUUAAUUAUCAAACUUCUGCACAUGGUUACUAAAGAAAUUAAAUGUAGUAUCUAGGAUAGUAAAUAGUCUUAAAUUUGGAUUUUAUAAAAGUAAAUAAACUGGCUAGACUAGUAUAGUAUAGACUAGUCUAUACUCUAGCUUAUAGUUUAGAUUAUAUUCUAGUAUAUAGUCGACCGUAUAGUCUAGUCUAUAGUAUAGCUUAUA